AUGUCUGCCAAACGCGACUUGUCUGGUUACAACUAUGCUGCCAUUUCUUCGCUCGUCUUGACAGCAGACAGGUCCGCUCUCCCCCGCCGUGAUAAGGAGCCAGAUGGUGCGCCAACAUCUCUCGCUGGUCGUAUCGACCCUCGCGAAAUGGGCUCUAGGGUGCAGCGCGAGGCACCCAAAGACCUAGAGAAAAAGAAGAAGAAGGCUGCGGAUAGGCAGGAAGGUACCGAGAAACAGACGAAGCGGAGAGCGGCAGAGACAACUGGGUUCGGUUACACCGACAUCAUCGAGGCUACUCAGGACGUCGAGGGGCUCACAUAUCGCCCGCGAACGGCGGAGACUCGCGAAGUGUACGAACUCAUCCUGUCGAGUGUCCACCAGACCCUGGGAGACCAAGCGCAGGACGUCGUGCGCAGCGCUGCGGACACAAUUCUGGAGGUGCUGAAGAACGAGAAUUUGAAAGACUUUGACAAGAAAAAGGAGGUUGAGGAGAUUGUCGGCUCAAUCUCGAACGAGGCAUUCUCGCAGCUAGUGAACCUGUCGAAGAAGAUUACCGACUAUGGUGCCGAAGACGAGACAAUGGCGGAUCCUGACUUGGAGCGCAAGGACGCCGAGAUUGACGAUGAGAUGGGUGUUGCAGUCGUGUUCGACGAAGAGGAGGAGGAAGAAGAGGAAGAGGAGGGAUAUGAGAUCCGCGACGAGUCCGAGGAGGAGGCAGAGGAUACGGAAGAAGGCGCAGAGGCACCGCCGGAGUCGUUGGAGGGAGAAGAUGAACUUGUCGUCGGUGGCAGCUCGACAGCGCAACACGGCAGGACGCAAGUGGACAAAGACAUUGUCUCCCCACACGUCAUCGACGCGUUCUGGGUACAGCGUCAAAUCUCUGAAGUGUACCCUGACCCGGUGACGGCCGCGGACAAAGCUUCGUCGGUGCUCACGAUCCUGGGUUCCGAGUCGAGCUUGCGCGACUGCGAGAACCAGCUGAUGGAGCUGUUCGAGUACCAGAGCUUCCAUGUGAUCACCAAAUUCCUGAAGAACAGAGACGUGAUCGUGUGGUGCACGAAGAUCAUGCGCAGUGACGCGGACGAGCGGGUCAAUGUAGAAGUUGCCAUGCGGGAGAAGGGUCUGGGUUGGAUCUUGCGGGACCUUGCAGGCGACAGGAAGGCGAAGGGGAAGACAGACGCAAUGGACGUAGAUGAAAAACCACAGGUGGAGGCGGUGCCCAGGACGGCGACUCUUGCGCCCGGAUCGACGGUGCAGCCGAAGCGCACGGUGGAUCUCGAGGGCAUGGCAUUCAGCCAGGGCGGUCAUCUCAUGUCGAACAAGAAAUGCAAGCUGCCAGACGGUUCGUUCAAGCGGGCUAAGAAGGGGUAUGAAGAAAUCCAUGUCCCUGCUCCCAAACAGAAGCCAACGACCGCGAGCGACUUCGUGCCCAUAACCGACCUUCCUGCGUGGGCGAGAGAAGGCUUCCCAGGUAUCAGGACGCUGAAUCGCAUCCAGAGCAAGCUCUACCCUGUCGCCUUCGGAACUGACGAACCAAUUCUUCUGUGUGCACCGACAGGUGCGGGAAAGACCAAUGUCGCUAUGCUCACUAUUCUGAACGAACUGAGCAAGCAUCGCGAUGAAGAGACGGGCACAUUCGACCUUGACGCAUUUAAGAUUAUCUACGUCGCACCGAUGAAGGCCCUUGUGCAAGAGAUGGUCGGCAACUUCAGCUCUCGGCUAAGCGCAUUUGGCGUAAAGGUUGGCGAGUUGACGGGUGACUCUCAGAUGACGAAGCAGCAAAUCUCGGAGACGCAGAUUAUCGUCACAACUCCGGAGAAGUGGGAUGUCAUCACGCGCAAGAGCACGGACACUAGUUAUACGAACCUCGUGCGUCUCAUCAUUGUCGACGAGAUUCACCUGUUGCACGACGAACGCGGCCCCGUCCUGGAGAGCAUCAUUGCUCGGACGAUCAGACGGAUGGAGCAGACAUCAGAGUAUGUUCGGCUGGUUGGCCUUUCCGCGACACUUCCAAAUUACCAGGAUGUUGCCACAUUCCUCCGCGUCGAUCCCGCCAAGGGCGUUUUCUACUUCGACGCUUCGUACCGACCGUGUGGACUGCAGCAGCAGUUCAUCGGCGUGACGGAGAAGAAGGCCAUCAAGCGCUACCAAGUCAUGAAUGAAGUUUGCUACGAGAAGGUCCUUGAUCAAGCUGGCAAGAACCAAACGUUGGUGUUUGUGCACUCGCGCAAAGAGACGGCGAAGACAGCGAAGUUCAUUCGUGACAUGGCCAUCGACAAGGAGACCAUUACGCAAUUUGUCAAGCCUGAUGGGGCCACGCGCGAGAUUCUUCUGGAGGAGUCGAAUAAUGUGAAGGAUACCAAUCUGAAGGAUCUACUCCAGUUCGGUUUCGGUAUUCAUCAUGCUGGAAUGUCCCGGGAGGAUCGUGGUCUCGUUGAGGAAUUGUUUGCGGACGGGCAUUUGCAAGUCCUCGUCUGCACUGCGACGCUUGCUUGGGGUGUCAAUCUCCCAGCACAUACAGUCAUCAUCAAGGGCACGCAGAUCUACAAUCCGGAGAAGGGCCGUUGGGUUGAGCUAUCUUCACAAGAUGUGCUGCAGAUGCUUGGACGUGCCGGUCGCCCGCAAUACGACACGUACGGAGAAGGUAUCAUAAUUACCAACCACUCCGAGCUACAGUACUACUUGAGUUUGAUGAACCAGCAGUUGCCUAUCGAGUCGCAGUAUGUGUCUAAGCUGGCGGACCACCUCAAUGCCGAGAUCGUGUUGGGGACCAUCAGGAACAGGGAUGAGGCCGUCCAGUGGCUUGGAUACACAUACCUGUAUGUUCGCAUGCUCAGGGAUCCCGUGCUGUAUAGCGUCGGUGUCGACUAUCUCGAAGAUGACCCAUCCUUGGUACAGAAACGCGCUGACAUCAUCCACACUGCUGCCGUCCUCCUAGAGAAAUGUCAUCUUGUGAAGUACGAGCGCUCAUCAGGCAGGUUCCAGAGCACUGAAUUGGGUCGAAUUGCUUCACAUUACUACGUGACAUAUAACUCGAUGGCCACGUACAACCAGCAUUUGCGAUCAACUAUGUCGACGCUGGAACUGUUCCGAGUAUUCGCUCUGUCGAACGAGUUCAAGCUGUUGCCCGUACGCCAAGAUGAAAAACUAGAGUUGAGCAAAUUGUUGGAAAGGGUUCCCAUACCAGUGAAAGAGAGUGUCGAAGAGCCUGCGGCUAAGAUCAAUGUAUUACUUCAAGCAUACAUCUCUCAGCUUAAGUUGGAAGGUUUCGCUCUGGUCGCAGACAUGGUGUAUGUUCAACAAUCGGCCGGACGUAUUUUGCGUGCGAUGUUUGAAAUAUGCUUGAAGAGAGGAUGGGCAAUUCCAGCCAAGGCCGCUCUUGAUCUCUGCAAAAUGGUGGAUAGGCGAAUGUGGGGUUCCAUGACUCCUCUGCGCCAGUUCAAAGGUGUCCCUGCCGAAAUUGUCAGGAAAGCUGAAGGGAAGCAGUUCAAUCCUCCUGAAAUCGGCGAGCUCAUCGGGGUCCAGAAUGCGGGAAGAUUGGUUCACCGUCUCGUUCACAGUUUCCCCAAACUUCAACUGCAAGCUCAAGUUCAACCCAUCACUCGGUCGCUCCUGCGUAUUGACUUGACUAUCAUACCUGACUUCCGUUGGGACGAGAAGAUACAUGGCACAGCAGAAUCGUUUUGGAUCCUCGUGGAGGACGUUGAUGGAGAGAUAAUUCUUUUCCACGACACAUUCAUCCUCCGUCAACGGUAUGCGGAAGAUGAGCACAACGUGACACUGACUGUGCCAAUGUUUGAGCCAGUUCCACCCAAUUAUUACAUCUCCAUCGUCUCGGACCGUUGGUUGCACUCCGAAACCCGACUACCUAUCUCAUUCAAGCACCUCAUUUUGCCAGAUAAGUUUCCCCUACCGACCCCUCUUCUGGAUCUCCAGCCUCUUCCUCUCUCGGCUCUGCACAACAAGGAAUUCGAGAGCAUCUACUCGUCGACUAUCCAGAUGUUCAAUAAGAUCCAAACGCAGGUCUUCCAAGCGUUAUACACUACCGACGAGAAUGUUUUCAUUGGCGCUCCCACUGGCAGUGGCAAAACGAUCUGCGCUGAGUUUGCGUUGAUGCGGUUGUGGAGUAAACGCGAGCAGCAGAGGGCAGUAUGCAUUGAGCCAUACCAGGAGAUGGUAGAGCAGCGCGUGGCUGAAUGGCGCAUAAAGUUCAGCAAUCUUCAGGGGGGCAAGGAGAUUGUCAGUCUUACGGGCGAGACUAGUGCUGAUUUGCGGCUUCUGGAGAAGGGUGACCUCAUAGUUUGUACGCCAACACAGUGGGAUGUUCUUUCCAGGCGAUGGCGGCAACGGAAGAACGUCCAAACCAUCGGUCUGCUAAUUGCUGAUGAAGUCCAGCUUGUGGGAGGCGAAGUCGGUCCAACUUACGAGGUCGUGAUAUCUCGUACACGGUACGUUUCGGCACAGACGGAGAUUAAGACCCGCAUAGUAGCCUGUGGUGUAUCGUUAGCCAAUGCGCGGGACCUCGGCGAAUGGAUGGGCGCACCAUCGCACGCGAUAUUCAACUUCCCACCUAGUGCUCGUCCGCUCGACAUGGAUAUCCACCUUCAGAGCUUCACCAUCCCUCAUUUCCCUUCGCUCAUGAUCGCUAUGUCAAAACCCGCCUACCUAGCCAUUGUCGAGUACUCGCCGACCAAGCCAGUCAUAAUCUUCGUACCAUCUCGACGACAAUGUCGACUGACUGCAGAUGACCUUCUGACUCAUUGCGGUGCAGAUGACAACAGCAACCGCUUCCUGAACGUCGAGGAGGCGGAUCUUCAGCCACAUCUGGAUCAUGUCAGUGAUCAAGGUCUAGUUGAGACGCUGAAGCAUGGCAUUGGGUACUACCACGAGGCUCUCAACAAGCAAGACAAACGCAUUGUCGAGAGACUGUUUCAGUCAGGUGCGAUUCAAGUAUUGAUUGCCUCUAAGGACACCGCUUGGAGCCUUCCUGUUGCGAGCUACAUGGUGAUCAUCAUGGGUGUCCAGUUUUACGAGGGUAAAGAACACCGCUACGUUGAUUACCCUGUGAUGGAUGUCCUGCAGAUGAUGGGACGUGCUUGCCGCCCAACUGAGGAUGACAAGAGCCGUUGCGUCCUGAUGUGCCAGCAGACACGCAAAGACUUCUACAAGAAAUUCCUUGCGGAAGGAUUACCUAUCGAGUCCCAUCUUCCGACCCAUCUGCUGCAUGACUAUUUCCUCGCAGAAAUUGCGGUGAAGACAAUCGAGAACAAGCAGGAUGCUAUGGAUAUCUUGACCUGGACUUACUUUUACCGGCGAAUGACGCAGAAUCCUAAUUACUACAAUCUGCAUAAUGUCAGCCACCAACAUCUAUCGGAUCAUCUGUCGGAGCUCGUUGAAAACACUUUGAACGAUCUGGUCAACUCCAAGUGUAUCGCCAUCGAGGAUGAAAUGGAUGUUUCGCCGCUAAACUUGGGUAUGAUUGCCGCGUACUACAAUAUCUCGUACGUUACGGUGGAGGUGUACACGCUCUCUCUCAAGGAACGCACCAAACUUAAGGGUCUUCUCGAGGUCGUCUCUUCGUCUGCAGAAUUCGAGACAAUACCCAUCCGUCGACACGAGGAUGUGCUACUGCGUCGCAUUUAUGACCGUGUGCCAGUCAAACUUGAUCGCGCCGACUUCGAAGCACCGCACUUCAAGACAUUCCUGUUGUUGCAGGCACACUUCUCCCGCUUACAACUACCGCCAGAUCUUGCUGCGGAUCAGGUGCUUGUGCUUGAGAAGGUCCUCAACCUGCUCUCUGCAUGCGUGGAUGUGAUGUCUUCGAAUGCAUGGCUGAACGCGUUGGGCGCGAUGGAUUUGUCGCAGAUGUGCGUGCAGGCUUGCUGGGAGACGGAUUCGCCACUCAAGCAAAUUCCACAUUUCGAGCCUGAUGUGGUCAAGCGGUGCAAAGCUGCGGGCAUUGAGUCAGUGUACGACAUCAUGGAAAUGGAGGAUGACAAGCGAAACGAUGUUCUCCAGAUGGAUGCACGGCAAAUGCGUGAUGUUGCGACAUUUGUCAACUCGUACCCUACACUGGACGUCAAUUACGAGCUUGCAAAGGGCGAUUACACCGCAGGCGCGCCUAUCACCAUUCAAGUUUCCCUCACGCGAGACACAGAUGAGGAGGCUGAGGCUAGUGGUGGAGACGACGAGACGGUCGUGGCACCAUUCUACCCGAUGAAGAAGCUUGCGAAUUGGUGGCUCGUCAUUGGAGAACCAAAGACGCGUCAGCUUCUCGCGAUCAAGCGAGUGACGGUGCAUCGGAGCCUCGCAGUGCGGUUGGAGUUCUCACUUCCGCAGGGAGAGCAUGCCCUCAAGCUAUACGUGAUCUGCGACUCGUACAUGGGCGCAGAUCAUGAUAUCGACCUUCAGCCGCUCGAGGUCGCAGAGGGCGAGGAGAGCGAGAGUGAGAGUGAGGAGAGUGAUGAUGCGAUGGAAGAGUAG